CACCUGGUCUGUACAAGAUCUUCGACGAAAGUAAGAAUGUCGUAUGCUUUUUUCCCAGAAAAACUACUGUAGAACAAUGAAUAGCAUCACUUCGCUUCUCGUUGUCAAAUCUCAACUGUUCAUCUCACCGCUUCUUUUCUCCUCCUUCUCCUUUCGUUUAUUUAGUCAUUGUGAAUGCCGCAGACAACAAACAGCGCGACCCAAACAUGGACAAACUCGACGUUACUAUCGACGCAGAGACCAAUGAAAUCUCUGUGAGGAACAAUGGACAAGGGAUUCCUGUAGAACUCCACCAGGAAGAAAACUGCUACGUUCCAACCUUGAUUUUUGGUCACUUACUGACGGGUUCAAACUUCGAUGACAAUGAACAAAAGACGACCGGGGGACGCAAUGGCUAUGGGGCAAAGCUGGCAAACAUUUUCAGCACCAAGUUUAUUGUUGAAUGUCUAGAUUCUUCGAAAGGGGUCAAGUUUGUCCAAACGUUUACUGAGAAUAUGGGGCAUGCCGGCGAACCGGUGGUCAAGAAGUGCACGGCUGCCGAGAAGAAGAAGGGAGAUUACACAAAAAUCACUUUUUCCCCUGAUCUUGCAAGAUUCGGAAUGACAGUUCUCACCAAUGACACCGUGGGUCUUCUUUCGAAACGUGUCUAUGACAUUGCUGGGUCGAUGGCCAACAGUGAGGGCAAGAGGUUGGUCGUCUCCCUGAAUGGAAAGAAGGUAAGUUCAAAUUGCAUUUUAUGUUGCAGGUACGCGAUGUCACAUGAUUCUAAAAAUUCUUUCCUUGGUUUGAAUAAUUUAUCCUCGAUGGUUUUUUCUCCGUUGUCCCUCUGUUUUAUUGAUUGGUGUAGCUUCCUAUCAAAUCUUUCCAAGAUUACAUCAAAAUCUACAAAAAUGUCAAUGCACCAUGUGCUUUCGAAAAGGUGGACGACAUGUGGGAAGUUGGAGUUUCUCUUUCGUCACAAGAUGGGGCCUUCAUGCAAAUUUCUUUCGUGAAUUCUAUCUGCACCUACAAAGGAGGUAGUCACGUAAACUUUGUUGCCGACAAGGUAGCUAAGUCACUUGUUASAAGCAUAGAGAAGAAAAAUAAGGGAGGAGCCAAGAUUACCAAUGCCCAGAUCAAGAAUCAUCUUUGUGUGUUUGUCAAUUGUCUUGUCAACAACCCUACGUUUUCUAGUCAGACCAAGGAAUUUUUAACCAAUCGCAAAGCUGAUUUCAAUAACAAAUGCAAGCUAUCGGAUAAGUUCCUCAAACAAGUUGCAAAAAGUGAUAUUGUAGAAAACAUUCUAGCAUUCGCUAAGUUUAAGCAAAAUCGAGAACUGAAGAAAAACAACGGGAAAAAGAAGAUCAAACUAACAGGCAUUGACAAACUUGACGAUGCCAAUAAAGCUGGGUCAAGAGAUUCUCGAAAGUGUACACUUAUUCUAACAGAAGGAGAUUCGGCCAAAUCGUUGGCAAUGUCUGGUCUUUCUGUCAUUGGACGCGAUUUCUAUGGAGUUUAUCCUUUAAAAGGAAAGCCCCUGAAUGUUCGUGAUGCAACUCAUGCUGCAGUUGUCAAGAACGAAGAAAUAAAAAACGUUGUAGACAUCCUGGGUCUGAAGUACGGCACGGUUUACACCGAAGAGAAUAUGAAAGAACUUAGAUACGGUCACUUGAUGAUAAUGGCUGACCAAGAUCAUGAUGGAUCACACAUCAAAGGUUUGAUAAUCAACUUCAUUCACAAUUUCUGUGAGUAUCAGCUAUUGAUGUAUAUGUUGUCUCCGUCUUUGUGGUGUGUUUUCGAACGAACCACUUAUAUAUUGUGUUACUUUUCAAUCUUGUAGGGCCUUCCUUGCUGAAUAUCGAUGGCUUCCUACAGCAAUUCAUUACUCCCAUCGUGAAAGUAACAAAGGGCAAAAAAUCUGAGACGUUUUUCACUCUCCCGCAGUACGAGAACUGGAGAGAAGCAACCGGAAAUGACGGGAAAGGAUGGAAAAUCAAGUAUUAUAAGGGGCUUGGUACUUCUACUGCUGCUGAUGCAAAGGAAUACUUCAGCAAUCUUGAUCUUCACGAAAUUGCAUUUGAAAAACUGUCUCUUGAUAUCAAGGAAGAAGAGAAGGACGAUGACGAUGAUAUCAUACUUGAUGCUGAACCAGUGCCAGACAUUGCGACCUCUUACGGAGCUAGUCUUAUUGAUAUGGUCUUCAACAAGAAACGCUCAGACGAUCGUAAAGAUUGGCUUCAAAAGCUAAAAAAAAAUACAUUUCUUGAUUAUGCAGCAGCACAAGGACAGGCACUGAAGUACUCACAAUUUAUUAAUCAAGAGUAUAUCCUAUUUUCAAAGGCCGAUUGCGCGCGUUCAAUUCCCCACAUUAUGGACGGCUUCAAACCUUCGCAACGCAAGGUAUUAUUCUCUUGCUUUAAACGAAAACUCAAAGAUGAAAUCAAGGUAGCUCAACUUGCGGGGUAUAUCGGAGAAAAUUCGGCUUAUCACCACGGCGAAGCAUCGCUUCACACAACGAUUAUCAAUAUGGCACAGUCAUUUGUGGGUUCGAACAACAUCAAUCUAUUGACACCUUCAGGUCAAUUCGGUAAGCCAUUGUGGAAAUUUUAUGCACCAGGAAGUUGUUUCUAGAAAUUCCCAUGCUCCAGUUUCUCACAAUUAACUCUUAUGUUUCUCGCAGGUACUCGUCGUAUGGGCGGUAAAGAUGCAGCAUCCCCCCGUUACAUCUUUACUAUGCUUGAAAAGAUCACUCGAGCCAUUUUCCAUCCAGACGACGAUGGUUUACUGAAUUACUUAUCAGAUGAUGGAUUGUCGAUUGAGCCAGACUAUUAUAUGCCUGUAAUCCCAAUGGUUUUAGUAAACGGAUCGGAUGGAAUCGGAACCGGCUGGAUGUCCAAGAUUCCGAACUACGAUCCACGUCAGAUAAUCAAAAAUAUCCGCAAUAUGAUCAACAACGAACCAUUGGAGGAAAUGCAUCCAUUUUACAGUGGUUUUAAUGGCGAUUUUAAACACGAAACUGGUGGAAGGUACUCGUGCAGGGGUAUUAUCAAGCGAACGGAUGAUACUACACUGGACAUCACCGAGUUACCAAUUGGAACUUGGACACAAAACUGUAAGAUUUUCCUUGAAAAGAUGCUUGCUCCCGACGCUAAAUCUGCAGAACCAGACAUUAAGGACUUCGUUGAAAACCAUACGGAUACCACUGUGAGCUUCACGAUUACGGCGUCAAGAGAAAAGAUUGAUGCAUGGGAAAAACUACCAAAGGGCGGAUUGUAUGCAAAAUUCAAGUUGAUUGGUUCUACAACCACAAACAACAUGAAUCUUUUCGACACCGAUAACAGAAUUGUCAGGCACCCUAAGCCCGAGGGUAUUUUGGUUGCAUUUUUCGAAAAGCGCAUGGAAUUUUACAUCAAGCGUAAGGAGCUGCUUGUGAAAAACCUGCGUAAAGAGCAAAACAUGCUGUCGAACAAGGCUAGAUUUGUCGAGGAAGUGUGCAAUGGAGAUCUUAUUGUCAGUAAUCGCAAGAAGGUAGAAUUGCUAGAAGAUCUUCAAUCCCGUGGAUAUGACCUUUUUGACAAGAAGACUGGUGACGAUGAUGACGCAGACGACGAAAACGAAGCACCCAGCUCUACUUCGGAGCUUUCAAAAGGCUAUGAAUAUUUGUUGGGGAUGAAACUCUGGGUAAGUCCCCCCUUCUGGGGAGUAUUUUCAUGUUUUUCGUCUCAUGUUUUGAAAAAAUAGAUGCUGACUCGAAAACUUUUCAUUUUCAGAACUUGACAUUCGAAAAGGUAGAGGAACUUCGUAAGCAGCUCGCUGAGAGAACUGCAGAGCUCGAAGAAUUAGAGGCUACUGAACCAAGUGAUAUUUGGAUGAGAGAUCUUGAAGCAAUCGAGGUAGCGCUUGAUGAGCGUGACAGAAAAAUGCAAGAGGCAGAAGAAGACGAGCUGAAUGCACAGAAGAAAACCGCCAAGCGCCAGGCCAUGAAGUCAAGAAGGAAGGCUGCUCCCAAGAGACCAGCUUCUAAGAAAAAGAAAGAGGAACCGAAUGUUUAUGACGAAUCAGACGAAGACAUGGACUUUACCCCUGCGGUAAAAUCUACAACGAGAAAAGCCCCUGCUCGAGCUCGAAAACCAGCAGCGAAAAAGGCUCCACCCAAAGCAACGGAAGAAGUUAUCGAAGAACCAACCAAGACAGUAUCUGUAGAUGAGUCAGAUGAUGAUGGUUUGGAAGUGAGCCUUUUUGAUCGUCUCAAACUCAGCAAAAGUGCGUCUUCUGAUUCUUCUCUGGCGGGAUCAAAGAGGCCAUCCCCGAAAAACGGUUCAAAGAAGGCAGUCCCAGCCAAGAAAGCAAAGGCAACGAGAAAAACUGCUCCGAAGAGAGCACCAGCCAAAUCUCGAAAACAAAAACUUCCGGUCGAGUCUUCCGAUGAAGAAGACUUUAUCUGUGAUAAUGGAUCCGAUUCCGACAUGGAAGUCGAAACCAUACCAGCACCGCCACCCCGGGCCCGUCGUGCUGCCAGAGCCACAAAAAAACCAGUUGUGUACGCUGUUGACGAUGAUGACUCCUUUAUGGCUGACUCGGACGAUGAUAGCGACUUCUAGGAUGUUUUGAAAUCAUUAAUUACAUCACUCUAUAAUGAAUAUAAAUUAACUUA